AUGCAUAUCAGAGCUUCAGGGAAACUCGACUUGUUUUUGGUUACUUGCGUAUUCUUCAUAAACUUCUCCUCCAAUGUAUUAGCUCUUCCAUAUCCACAUAAGUCUCAACUCGGUACAUAUUCUGCAACUUCCGAAUCUUCAACCCAACUCCAAAAACGCGCAGUCAUUGCAACCGCCUAUCUGACUUCCGACUUCGUAAAACAGACCCUCGCAAGGAAUCGUGAAAUCAAUACAUCUCAAGAGAGGGAAGAUCUACGCACGGAUCGGGAAAUCAACAAAUCUGGAGAGAAGGAAAAUAACCAAAGAGAUACCAAAGUACUGGAGGACGAUCUUCGAACAGAAUGUGUUCGCGGUAUAGAUCCCACAACUGGAAGAUGCCUAUAA